CGACACGUCAGUGCAAACGUAACCAGGAAGUAGCUAGCAGGAGUACGCUAGCAACGGAUAAUGAGCAGCUGAGACUUCUUGGUCUUUUGACAGCUCCAGCAGGGCAGGAUGGGCAGACAGAGGAAGAGGGUUGUCACCGGUGAAGCUGCUCCCCCUCCUAGGAAAGAUGAGAAACCCUCUGCAUUUCACCGCAAGGAGAAGAAAAAGAAAGUUGACAUCGGCCAAGUGUUCAUUAAUAUCUCCAUCGGCCUCUGCAUAUUUAGCCUUAUCUGGUUCUUUUAUGCCCUGUACAUGCGGUCCGCCCUGUCAAAACGGGUGGUAACUCUGCACCCUUCGCCUCCUGUGCUUGAUGCCAAUAGCACCACUGCCAAGGUGUCCCCUGAGAGGUUCUGGGGUUCAUACAGGCCUCAGGUGUACUUUGGCAUGAAAACCAGGAGUCCACGAUCAGUUGUGACAGGCUUGAUGUGGAUGCGUCAGUUUUCUGACAUUGACGUGAACCUGAGGCACACAUGUGAGCAGGGUGAUCGUUUGCCAAGCUACAGCUGGCUGAUGCAUGAUGGGCUCACCUUUGGUGUCCAGGAAAUCCGAGACCAUGACUUCACACUGACCACGGAGUUUGUCAAGAGGAUGGGUGGGGACCAUGGAGGAGACUGGACCUGGAGAAUCACUGCCAAACAGCAUAGCUCUGCCCCUCAUGCGCCAGUCAUCUCCCUCAUGUUCUACGCAGCAGCAGAUACACAAGGUUCCCUGGAGGCCCAUGUGGAGGAAAAAAAUCGUUUGGGGUCCAUCACAGGCUUUUCUGAAGAGCUUGGCAACUUCAAAAUCACGUUCCGCAAACCUGUUACUGGAGAGUUAUCCAGUGCUAAAUACGCAAGUUAUAACUAUCUACAGACUCUCACUCCCGGCUUUGAAAAGCUGACUGACAUUGUGAAGAACAGCCUCAACCGCAGGUUUGUCUACAGUCCGCCCUCAGGUGAGAAGAGACAUUACAUUGCUGUAGACACCUAUAAGCCUCCCCACCACCAACACCAACAGAAACCUGCCGACACCAGGAAGGAGAGUGACUUUGUGGUUCACCAGGUCACUGUCCAGACACCAUUCCAGAUUGAAGUUUUAUUUGAGUCUGGAAGCUUCCGCAACCGUCCCCACCAGCUGGUGGGGACAACCAUGACUGAGGAACUGGAGAAGAGGAAAGCUGCAUUUGAUGCUAAAUUUGAGAAGAUUUUUGGCAUUAAGAGCAAAAAUUUUAGCCAGGCGCAUGUCAAGUUUAGCAAGGCGGCACUCAGCAACAUGUUAGGUGGAAUGGGUUAUUUUUAUGGACAAUCCGUAGUUCAGUCACUCUACAAUGAAUACCCGCUCCUUUACCCUGAAGGUGCAUUAUUUACUGCCGUUCCAUCGCGCUCUUUCUUCCCCAGAGGAUUUCUUUGGGACGAGGGGUUUCACCAGCUGCUGCUGAGCAAGUGGGAUGCCCAGGUGACACGGGAGGCUAUUGCUCACUGGUUCGAUCUUAUUAAUAUGGAGGGCUGGAUCCCCCGUGAGCAGAUCCUUGGAGAUGAGGCUCGCAGUAAGGUCCCAGCAGAAUUUGUAGUCCAGAGAAAUGAGAAUGCCAACCCACCCACUCUCUUCUUGGCUCUUCAGGAACUUAUUGAGCAGCUUUCUUCAAAUCCAGACACGGCAGCAUCUCAGCCAACGCUGCCUUUCCUCCGACGGCUCUUCCCCAGACUCAAAACCUGGUUUGAAUGGUACAACACCACACAGUCAGGGCCCAAACCCAACUCUUACCGCUGGCGUGGACGUGACAAGGACACCAAUCUGUUCCUCAAUCCCAAAACUUUGACGUCUGGGCUAGACGACUACCCACGGGCCUCACACCCAUCAGCUGAUGAACGCCAUGUGGAUUUACACUGCUGGAUGGCACUGGCCUCAGGAAUCAUGGCACGUAUAGCACGGCUUCUUGGUGAGUCCCAUGAGGAGUAUGAGCAGACCCACCAGGUGCUCAGUGACAACAAUCUACUGAUUGAGAUCCACUGGUCUGAACAGCACCGUGCUUUCAGUGACUUCGGCAACCACACCCAAGACGUGUCUCUGCAGCUGGAGAAAGUGUAUGUGCCUCCCGGGCAGCCUCGGCAUCAGUUCCCUGUGGCACGGCUGGUGCGCUCUGUCCGCCGGGACCCCACGCUACAGUAUGUUAAUGCUUUAGGUUAUGUGAGCUUGUUCCCCUUCUUACUGCAAAUCCUUGAGCCGGACUCACCCAAAUUAGAGCAUAUCUUCAGAGACAUGAGACACUCUGAUAAACUGUGGACACCAUAUGGCCUGCGCUCACUUUCUAGGACUGACCGCCUGUAUAUGAAGCAAAACACAGAACACGAUGCCCCCUACUGGAGGGGGGCGAUAUGGAUCAACAUCAACUAUUUGGCAGUCAGAGCCCUGCAUCAUUACAGCAACAUUAAAGGGCCGUAUCAGGAGAAGGCAGCUGCUCUUUAUCAGGAUCUUAGGACUAAUAUUAUCAACAAUGUUUACAGACAGUAUGCUGAGACAGGGUAUAUCUGGGAACAGUAUAAUGACAGCACUGGCAGGGGCCAAGGAAGUCACCCCUUCACUGGCUGGUCAGCCCUGACAGUGUUAAUGAUGGCUGAACAGUACUGACACUAGAAGUCUCAUCUCAAGUGUUCAUGGCCCACAUUUAUUGUGGUAUUGCUGAAAAAAACAGCAUGAUUUAAGUUGUUUGAUUGAUGAAAUUUCCCUAACCACUGAGCACAAGGUCCAGCUGACAAAAAGCAUAUUCUCAAGAACCCAGUGACACAACCACAGAAGCAGUGCCCUUUAAUGAAAUCUACAGGUUUCAUGCAGGUAUCCCGUCAAUUAAUUUAUUUGUAAUUUAUGAAGGAUGACUGCAUACCAAUUUAUUGAGAAGGGCAUGUACCACAGUCUAGCUGUGUGUAGAGCCCAGUGCAGCUUUAUGCUUCAUCUCUACACAAAGAACAUUUAAAAUAUCAUGUCCUCAAAACACAAUUAUUAAAAGGAAGUUACAGCAGCAUAACUUUUUUGAAGGAAUAAAAUAUUAGGUUAGUUACAGCAUUUGUAAAAAUUUAUAAUUAUAGAUUGAAAUUGUCAGAGACUCAAGUAGCAAGCUUUAAUAUGGAACAUGAGUCAUGCACAAGAAAAUCACCAGUCCACCUCUGAAAUGAGGAUGAUCUUACAUGUACAACUGUGAACAAAUUUAUAACAAUUUUCUGAGAAAAUGAGAGCGCAAAUGAGUGGGUAGUGUGUUCACUUUACAAAUGAGGGCCGUUGUCUUCAAUAGUGCCAUGUUUGUCCUUAUGCUAUAUGUCUCCAAUUCUCUGCUGUCUUAAUGAAUUUAAACUGUUUGAAUUUUUUUUUUUAAUUUAAGCUGUUUGAUCACAGUCUUUCAAACAGAGUCUAUACAGUGCACAGCUUUUAUAAUGUUUUCUUUCUCUAAAAGCAACCGUAUUUUGUAUACAGAACCUGUGGUUUGACUGGCAGGGAACAACAUGAAAUUUGACUGGCAUUGUUUUUGUUUUGUUAAGGAAACAAUAAAUGAUUUAAAUAUUGAACUUUU